UAAAAAUGGCGACCACUUGAACCUCUCGUGUUAAGGCUCUGUGGCCUCCCCUCCCCCUCCCUCUCCGUGGAUCAUCACCUUUUACCUUUAACCACAUGACCAACAGAACCGAAAAUGACCCCUUCUGUAUGUGUGUCCAGGCUCAUAUCUGAGAGCUGAGCAGUUCAUGUCGUCGUGUGGACACAUCAGAUGGAUUAAUGGAUCAGACUAAAGAACAAGACGAGGAUUACGGCUACAACCUGUUCCCGGAGAGAAAGAAGAGCAAAUACAAGAAAGGCUCCAUCGGAGAGAGUCUGUUCACUUUCAACCACAAAUGUCAGGUCAUGCUGCAGUUCGCAAUCGAGACAAGUCCAUAUGCAAAACUUCUCCUUGGAGCUAUGAAGAAUUCAGGCUGUACAGUCUACAAAGACAGGCAUUUCUCCUGUGAAGACUGUGAUGGAACUGUCAGUGGUGGCUUUGAUGCUACAACAUCUCAGAUUGUGUUAUGUCAAAACAACAUUCACCAGCAGGCUCAUAUGAACAGAGUGGUCACACAUGAGCUCAUUCAUGCCUUUGACCACUGCCGUGCACAUGUCGACUGGUUCAAUAACUUCAAGCACUUGGCCUGCUCAGAGAUUCGUGCAGCUAAUCUGAGUGGAGAUUGCUCCUUCACCAACGAACUGUCCAGGUUUAAUUUUGGCCUCAAACAGCACCAUCAGGAGUGUGUGCGGGGCCGUGCUCUGCGCUCCAUCCUCGCCGUGCGGAAGGUGAGCAGAGAGGAGGCGGAGAAAGUCGUGGACGAAGUGUUUGACAGCUGCUUCAAUGACCACACCCCAUUUGGCCGCAUCCCGCACAGCAAGAAGGACGCCAAGUUUGCCUACAGGGAUUUUGAAAACAGGGAUCGAUACUAUGCAAACCUAUAACAGUUAAACCGUCCUGCGAGAAACAGUACACAAAGGCAUUCAGCUUUCCCUAAAGGUGCUGAAACAGUAAAAUAAGCUCCAUCAUAGCAGUUGCUGUAUCUCUCGACACUAGCGCUGGCACAGUCAUCCUCCAGUGUGAACAAAGGGACAGAACGUCGGUAGCUCAGUAUCUUCAUAAGACACCACUGAGGCGUCCCAUGUUAUAAUAUUCAUGAUCCACAUUUGUAUUUUCUUUGUGGUUGUUUCUUAUAUUAUACUGAAAAAGGAGAACUUCAUAACAAUGUAUGAUGGAACGUUGUGUUUUUUUAUUAAGGAAAUGGUCCAGAAUGUGUUUCACACAGUCAUUUUAAUUAGAUUCUUCAAGCAUCAAUAUGGUAUAAAUAUAUGGUAUUAAGUUACGGCUGAUUAAUGAGUGAAAACAGUAUAAGACAUCAGCCUUUUUCAUAAAAUUCCGUAAAAUACUUGCCGUGCUUUUUGUUUUCACGAAGGGCAAGUACAUGUAUACUCAUUGACUUCACUUGCUAUGACGAACCAGGGCGGACACCAGUGUGAGAGAUGUGAACAGAGUAGACAGACUGAAGGAGAAGCUUGGGAAGUGGAAGUGGAAGUGGGAGUGACUAUCAGGGAUUUUGCAGCUGCUGUGAUCAAUGCCAUGUGGACCACUGCAUCCACUGCUGUGACUGAACUAUAACUGAAUAUUUCACAGUGUUGUUUUGUGCCAGAAUAAAGAAAAAACAUACCUGAUUAUUAUGAAAA